AUGUCUGAGAUUACUCAAAAACCCAAACGUACUGUCAGAUUCCAAACUCCGGAGAGACCUCCUUCUCUAUUUCAUACUUUGACCGACGAGUUUCUCAUUCAAGUCGGAAAGCUACUCCUACCUGGCGAUCCAUUACCUAUACCAUCUUUUCGACCUCAUUUCGAAAAUCCCAAACACCCAUUUGAGAAUAGAUUGAGAUACAACGAUUACUUGGCUUUCAGAGAAACAUGCCAUCGGGUAUCAUAUCUUUCGAAGCCCGUUAAGGGGAAUUUGGAAAUCGAAAUUAAGAACAAAGAGUCAUUUGCGAGAUGGUUGAAAGCUCCACAAGAUGUUCUGAGCAGAGUCACUCGUUUACGCUUAAAUUUCACCUUGGAGACAACGGCAAAUUGUCCCCUGCAACAAGUACACGAAACAGCUUGGGCAGCAUUCAUAUCACUCCUCGAACGAUUACCCAAUUUGCUGGAACUUUACUUGGCUGCCACACCAUUCUGUUGGCAUGGGAAACAUGGUCAAACGUUGAUGUUCGAAUUACCUGACAGCACAGAAUCCUUCCCCAGUAUAAUCUCUUUCGCCAACGAAACCAAAUGUAGAGGAUGCGCAGAGCACUUGACAACGUUAUUCUACUGUAUGCCGAAGUUGAAACAUGUGAAGUGUACUUCUCAAGACAGUGUAUCACAAGAUGACCUGAUGGAAGAUCCGUAUGAUAUUUUCUGCAAUUUGGACAAUCGUCGAUUUGUAGAAUCAAUAGAAACGUUAUACUUGAAAUAUUGGGAUUUGAGUACCUUUGACUCGAUGCAGGUACAAGAGCUAAAUAGAGGUGCUCCAAAUCUCAAGAAAUUGGUCUAUUCUUCUCACAAAAUUGAACAACCAUAUACGUUGAGACAGAGAGCUAGAGUUGAAGCCUUAAGUCAUCCGACAAAUGGACAAUGGAUAUUCUUAACUACAGGUGAUCCGGAUGAAGAUCGUACUAUCUUCCAUGGUCAAUUGCCCGAUUUUGCGGAUCUUUGGAGUCCACUCAGAAAUAUGGAAGAAAUCGAUCUUGGUAUUAUCUUGAAUAUCCCUCAAUAUACCACAAAACCUCAAAUUCCAUCGGGACCCACUAGAAAUGCACAACCCGACCAGAUCUCCGCCGAGUCUUCUUUCCGAGUAAACGUCGUCGGCCAUGAAAUAUAUAGAGCGAAAUAUGAACAGGCCAUGAUCGCAGCCACCAAAUAUCUGAAAACGCGAUGGGGUACUUUGAAGAAGGUAUUCUGGUGGGAAGAUCGGGAUAAGAGGACUGAUUCUCCAACUAGAGAUUAUCUCAGAUGGUCUGCUAACAUCGUUGAGCAAGAAGAAGCAAGUGAGAAUCCGAUUGUGCAGAUAUUGAUAGAAGGUCCGGAAAGGAUGGAUCACUCUUUCACUUGGUCAGAUGAUGGUUCCGUUUAUCCAGAAGUUGAAGACCCCGUGGACCAAAGGUCCCCAAGAUCAUGA